AAGCAUCACUUAAAGAGAUUAGCAGCUCCAAGCCACUGGAUGUUGGACAAAUUGUCCGGUGUCUACGCUCCAAGACCAUCCACCGGUCCACACAAGUUGAGAGAAUCUCUUCCAUUGAUUGUCUUCAUCAGAAACAGAUUAAAGUACGCUUUGAACGGUAGAGAAGUCAAGGCUAUCUUGAUGCAAAGACAAGUCAAGGUCGACGGUAAGGUCAGAACUGACACCACUUACCCAGCUGGUUUCAUGGAUGUCAUCUCCUUAGAUGCCACCAACGAAAACUUCAGAUUGAUCUACGACAUCAAGGGUAGAUUCGCCAUCCACAGAAUCACUCCUGAAGAAGCUGCUUACAAGUUAUGUAAGGUUAAGAAGGUUCAAUUAGGUAAGAAGGGUAUUCCUUAUGUUGUUACCCACGAUGGUAGAACCGUCAGAUACCCAGACCCAGCUAUCAAGGUUGGUGACUCUGUCAAGGUUGAAUUAGAAACCGGUAAGAUUUCCGACUUCAUUCCUUUCGAAACCGGUAAGUUAGCUAUGGUUACUGGUGGCCGUUCUUUGGGUAGAGUUGGUGUCAUCACCCACAGAGAAAGACACGAAGGUGGUUUUGACUUGGUUCACUUGAAGGAUUCAUUGGACAACUCUUUCAUUACCAGAUUGUCUAACGUUUUCGUCAUCGGUAACGAAGCUGGUAAGCCAUACAUCUCUUUGCCAAAGGGUAAGGGUAUUAAGUUGUCCAUUGCCGAAGAAAGAGACAGAAGAAGAGCUAUGCAAGGUUUAUAA